AUGAUGCGAGUGGCCGAGGAAUUUAACCAUCGCUUAAACCCAGCCAGUCGAGUGAUGAUUGACGCGAUGAAGAGAACUUUCAUUCAAAUGAUCGCCGCCUCACUACCUAUUUGGAGUGCUUAUGUGAACUCUGAAGAUCGAAAAUUUCGUGAUUGGGCGGCAAUCACCGCUAAGAUGAAUCAGUUCUUUCCUGAAUGGAAUUUCACCGUUGAUCAAUUGAAAGUUCAAUGGAAAAUUCUUCGAGAUUCAUAUAAAAGAGAGAGGAAUCGGUUGUUGGCUGAUAAAACUCGAGCUGUGAAAUGGAAAUUCUACAAAGAUUUGAGCUUUUUAGAGGACUCUGGGAUGUUUGUUGCUCCACCACCCGCGGGAAUGGAUCCAAGCUCGGAGUCGUGGAUCACCGAACAACAAAAGUUGGCCACUCAGGCUUUGGAAAGGAGUAAAACGGUGGCCCAGACGCAUUCCCAUUUCCUCAAUCCAGACAUUCCACUUGAGUAUCUGCCGGAUCAAGACGCUCUUUCCGAAAAUUCCCUCGAGCUUCUCAAAGAGAGCACAAAUAGUCGAGGCCACGACUCGUCCACCGCUGAUUUUCCUUUUCAUCAUUUAUUUGAAUCGUCGAAUAAUGCCUCAAUUCCCUCUCCAUCACGAUCGCUCGAUGAGGGAACAACUUCUCCUCUAUCUUCACUUUUUGGGCAACACUUCAACAACUCUUUCCUGAAUGGGGAAAAGACGCUAAACGCUUUCAAUAUCAACGGAAAGACAGAGCCAUUAUUCAACGCAAAGUCGAUCAGAAAGAGGAACUUUGAAGAUUCAAAUCGAAAAGAAACGAGGAUGGACAAAUUUGAGUUGUUGGGACAAAUGGUUACGCAAACAUUACGCGAACUUUCUGCUGAUGAUGAGCUCCAAGUUGAGGAAGCCUAUAUCGAUAUUGAGGCUUCUUUGCACAAACUGAGAAAAGCCACACUCCAGAGGAAACAAAAACGGGAAUUG